AUGAACCAAGUGAUUGAACAACACCUUUGUUCUUUUGUUCAUCCACGACCCACUUAUUGGCACAAGUUCUUGGCCUUUGCGGAGUGGUCCUGUAACACUUUGUUCCAUUCCAACACAAGAAAGACACAAUAUGAAGCCACCUAUGGCAAACCCCCUCCCUCUAUACCUCACUAUAUCGUGGGGUCAUCCACGAAUGAGGUUGUUGAUUCCCUGCUCGCCACAAGAGAGGUCAUUCAUGAAUUGCUUAAGUGUCGCCUCCUCACAGCCCAUGAGAAAAUGAAGAAACACUCAGAUAUCAAGCGCAAGGACGAAGAAUUUGGUAUUGGACAUUGGGUCUAUGUUAAACUCCGCCCUUAUCGCCAAAUAUCGGUUACUAGUGUCACACAUAAUAACAAGCUCGCCAAGUGCUUCUACAACCCUUCUGAAAUUGUUGAACGAAUCGGGAAAGUAGCUUAUUGUCUUCGGUUGCAACUCAAAGAUCCACCCUGUGUUUCACUGUUCGAUGCUCUUCCCACACCAUGA